AUAGUAAGUCGCGACUAGCCGGUACCAGCACGUGUUCGCUAAGGUACGGAUCACGAGUUGAAACACCAUAGAAUCCCCGUGCAGUGCAUUGAAAAAUUGAUGCAAUUUUGCCAGACUAGAGAAGAAAAAUAGACAGAGAAAGGAAUUCAGUAUGGCUUUGGGAUCGAUCGGACGGUGCUUAGGACUAGCAAUUGAAUCGACCUUUGUUGCUCGUCGCACGGGCAGCGGCGCAGCGGCCACAGCUCUACAACAACGUCAACUUCUUCAGUCGUUGGCAGGUUCGGAUUCGGUCAACAUCGCUCGCUCCUACGCCAAAGCCGCACCCGGUCAACCCGCCAACAAAAUGACUCUGCCAAAGGUCUUCUUCGACAUGACGGCUGACAACAAGCCCGUGGGCCGUAUCGUCAUGGAGCUGCGCACGGACGUUGCACCGAAAACGGCAGAAAACUUCCGGGCUCUGUGCACCGGCGACAAAGGCUUCGGAUACAAGGGCAGCUCGUUCCACCGGGUCAUUCCGAACUUCAUGUGCCAGGGUGGAGACUUCACGAAUCACAACGGCACCGGCGGCAAGUCCAUCUACGGCGCCAAGUUCGAGGACGAAAACUUCCAGCUGAGACACACCGAGCCGGGCGUGCUGUCUAUGGCCAACGCCGGACCCAACACCAACGGCUCGCAGUUCUUCAUCACCUGCGUCAAGACUAAUUGGCUCGACGGCAAGCACGUGGUCUUCGGCAAAGUCGUCGAGGGCAUGGAAGUCGUGCGAAAACUCGAAGCAUUGGGAUCGCAGAGCGGCAAAACGUCGAAAAAGAUCGUCGUCCAAGAUUGUGGCGAAGUCAAAUCAUAAGCUGCUCAUCGAUUUAUAAUAAUUAUAGUUGCUAUUUUUAAACAUAGAAAGAACAAAAAAGCAGAGCGAGUCAGCUGGCUGAAUAUAACAAUGCAUAAAAUAUAUGUGCGAAUCGGUCCAAUUACCAUCAAUAAGCAAGAUGAUCUCGUAUUGUAAAAUAUGACAUUGUAUCGAGUUGUCCAUCGUCGACCUUCUCUAUCUCUAUAUAUAUGUAUAUCUUCCUUAUACUAAAGCCUUGUAUGUCCCACAGUGAAACGAUGCAUCGUGUUACAUAUAUGUAUAAAAUACACGUACGUACACUUUUUAAUACAAUGGAUUAAUCAUGCGAUGAUUAUGUUUAUCGCUUAAUGGGUGUACGUCCGUGUUUAUGUGUGUUAAAAGUGCGACGUGCACGUGUCUUUGCACAUUAUUGUUAUUAACGUCAUAUAUAAUGCAAAAAAUGCACGUAUGCUCGUAAAAGCAUUUAUCGAAUGUUCUUUGAAAUGAUGUAUAAGUAAUCAAGUUUAUAGUUGGGAGACGAAAAAGGGCCACGUCUCUCAUCGAUCUAUUACUCUAUUGCGUGUUCUUUUUAGUUGUUGAAAUUUUGUGAUUAUGGAUCUCCGAUUAUUAAGUACGACAAUCGCACAAGACCAGUAACACCAUGUUAUUAAAAUCGAUAUCUGUUUCAUGAGUGUUCGAAACAAUAGUGAAUACACAAUUUGAUUGUUACUUUUUUCGUUAAAAGCUCUAAGUUAUUAUAAUUUUUAUUUCUUUAAAAUAAUAAAAUGUUGUUUUUCGAAAAAAGUCAAGUCUAAAAUGUAGUAUGUUUUCAAACAUUGAAGAUUUAUUUUGUACAACAUCAUUUUUCCAAUUUAUUUUCUGUUCUUUUAAUCGGUUCUAAUGUAAUCUAUUUAAUUUAUAAUUCAACUUUCCAGUACAAUUAAGGUGAUACUCUCAGAUCUUACAAUAUUUUCUUGUUAAAUAACAUUGAAUGAAUCUACAAUUUGCUGAUAACGAUUCAUGUCCCUUAACGCGUAACAUAAUGCGACUUAUAAUUGCGCUGUAGCAUCAGUUUUACAGUGCACUGCACAAUCGUUUGUUGUCACAAUACACAAUUUAUUUUUCGACUUUUUAGAAUAUUCAGCUAAACCGCACCGUCCUGCGACGCGUGCUACUUCUUAUAAACUAUCAUUUCAUACAGCAUAGCUCGUAAGCGUGUGUAAACGCUUGCACAUAUUGUAAUAUUCAGUAAACAAUAUUUAAUACGUUCGCGACAAUACAUUGGUAUAUAUCA